GCCUGUGAUGGAAAACAAUUCCCAUAACUCCGGUCAAAUGCGGAAAAACUUUUCCAUUUUUCUCUUUACCUCCCUUUUCCUUCUUUUCAUCAAUAUUCUCUCAUCUUCUUCCGUUUUUCUUUUUCUAUUAAUUUUCUUGUAAAGAGUCAAACAAACAAAAACUAGUUUGAAAUUUUAUUUUUCCUUGGAAAAUCAUUUUUCACUGAAAAUGUUUUAGGUCAAAUCAAACGGCGCCUUAAAUAUUGUUUAGGCUAGUAAAAAAAAUAUCAUGGAAAGUGAUAUCCUUUUUAAAAUCAUUUUAUGUUGUUUAUUUUGGCAACGGAUAGAAAAAUAAUUGUACAUAACUUCCUCAAAUGUGAAAGAAGAAGAAUUUUUAUCCUAACCUUAUCUAAUUCGACUAACACAAAAUCUUGUUUAAAAUGGGUGUACAAUAAAUUAUUGUACACCAAGGCCAUAUUAGGCAACUCAAAAUAAUUGGCACGUGUGAAGUGAAACAAGUGAAACGCGAAGUUGAUCAUCUUCCCAGUUCUCUCUUUUCUCUCUCCUCUCUCCCUCUUCUGCGAUUUCUGCUGCGAUUUCAGGUGCGAUUUCUUCGCGAUUUCAACUGCAAUUUCUCUCUUCUGCAUCUCAACCGCAACUUCUUGCGAUUUCUUCUGCAAUUUCUUCGCGAUUUUGCUACAUUUACCUCGACAGUUCAUCCAGUGAUUUUUGACAUCAUUGAAUCAUGCCGAGAAGUAAAACUGUUAAUGUGAAGGAGAUUUUACAAGAAGAUGAUGACAUUCAAUAUCCAGAUUCAGAAAAUAUUGAAUAUGAUGACGAUGAUGACGAUGUUGUUUAUGAAGAUGAUGAGGAUGUUAAUACUGAUGAGGACCAGGACGAGAACUGGGAACAGGAUGAGAACGGGGACGAGGACGAGGACGAGGAUGUUAAUGCUGGCUUGGUUAAACCGACAGGCAAAGGGAAGAAGAAGCCGGGAGUCAUGGUUAAGAGUGAGUUGGUUGAAAUAAAAACCAAAGGGAAGAAGGCAAGGAUUAAGGCUGAGGUUGAUGCUAAUGUUCCUGUUGAUGCUGAAAAUGAUGUCCAGAUCUUGGAUGGGGGUUGCAGUACUUCAAACUUGACUACCCAGUGUAGACCAACUGCUUUGUUAGCUGUCAUAGAAACAUUCAAUUCAAAUCAAAUUAAGUCUGUUUCAGAAAUUGGAUUCGGUUGGUUGUUAUCUUUACCUACGCAAACUUCUAAGUUAGAUACAACAUUAUUUCCCUGGUUGAUUGAUCAUUUUGAUCCUGUUAGUUGGUUGUUUAAAAUUGAAGCUGGAAAGGAAUUCAUAUUUAGUCCAUGUGAUGUGCAUGAUGUGUUUCUUCUCCCAUUACAUUCUGACAAUCCUAUUGUAGAUAGCAGCACUAGGACUAAGGAUGUAGGUUUGAAAAAUCAGUGGAGAGACUACUUUAAAGUUAAAAAAAAUGCAACCAUUCCAUUGCGUCUGUUGGAGAUUAAGAUGGGUGAAUUAGUGGAAGGUGGAGAAAUGUUCAAGCGAAUAUUUGUGAUGUUUGCAUUCUCUGUUUUCUUAGCUCCUAUAGCUAAUAGGACUGCUGAUUUGGGUUUAGUUAAAGUUCUUGAGGAUGUAGAUGAAAUAAAGAAUCUUGAUUGGUGUGGAUAUGUCCAUGAGAGACUUUGUCGGGCUAUUAGGAAGCAUAAAACUUCAGGCUGCCAGGGUAACGUUGGUGGUUGUUUAUGGGUUUUACAAGUUGUCUAUUUUCAUCGCCUUCAAUUUAGAGGCAUUGCAGAGAGUUGUAGUCUUCCGUUGAUGAAGCAUUGGUCUGGUACUAAAAUUCAUGAAAGGCUUGUUUUGGAAAAGGAUUCAGCUUGCUUUGGCAGUGGUUUAUUAAAUACAGUGACCUACCUUGUUUGUCAAAAGUUGGGUUUUGAAGAAGGUUUUGCCAAGAUUUGUGGUAGGCAUGAUGCUGUGAACGAUGAUGAGAACCAUAUACGGUUCGUCAUUCCUGAUGGGCAAUUGUCAAAUUCAGCAAUUCAAUCAAUUUCAACUGAUGAAAUUUUGGAACUUCUUUGGCAAGAUUCAACUAACGAGGCUGCUAUGGAUCAGCUUCUAAUUUGUUGGAAAGAGUGGAUUGAUAUUUACAACAAUGGCUUUGACAUCACCUGUGUUGAUCUGGUUUUUGUUCCUUUUUUUCGAGAACGCCACUUUUUCCUAUUUGUGUUGAAUUUGAAAACCAAAACGAUGCAACACGUGGACAAUCUUGUGUAUGAUGAAGCUCAAAUCAUUGAUUUGGAAAGUUUUUCAACAACUCUGUGUGAUCUCCUGGGUACUUUCCUUGAUGAUAGAGGCAAUAAUCAUGAAGGUGAUAUUGGAACGUACCCCAUGGAGGAGAUUGAGUUUGAUUGGAAGACUGCAAAAGGUUCUGACCUUGAUUGUGGAAUUUAUACAAUGAUUAGUAUGUUGACAUUUGAAGGAAUCAAAUGUAGCUGUCCUGAUUUAAAAGAGCCCCGUAAAAGGAUUGUUCUGCGUGCCGAAAUAUGUGCCACACUUGUGUUAUCUGACAUGAAUGACAAACGGGCAGAAGUUCUCAAUAAACUUGCUGAUUUCAAUUCCAAACGAGUAGAUGUCUAUCCACAUGUGGUAACCAGGAGGAAGCAAAUAUUGGCAAAUGAUAGGAAGUUGAAGAAAGAAGCUGCCAAAAAGGAGAAGGAAGUUGAAAAGAAAGCAGAGGAGAAUGCCAAUGAGAACAAGAAACCAGAGGGUAAAAUUGCACAGGAGAAUGCCAAUGAGAACGAGAAACCAGAGGGUAAUAUGGCAGAGAUGAAUAACAAUGUGGCAGAUGUGAAUGAUAAUGCGGCAGAGGGCAACAAACAACCGUUGAAGACUUUUACUUCAAGAAAACGUCUUAAAAGGAAUGUAGCAGAUGCAUCUGUCCCCGAAAAUGUAGGACCACCAGAGAAGAAGCAAGCUCCUACCAAACGGACGGCAAAGAAACCUGCAGCAUGAAAUUUUAAUAUUAGUUUUAAAGUUCAUCAAAACUUUAAGUACAAUAAUCUUAACUUUUACAUUUUCACAAAAAUAUUUCUCUAGAGUAUAAUGCCAUUUUUGUGUAUAUAUGGCA